AUGACACCUGACCCAAAUGCUGUAGACGGUAGAAGUGGUUUGCUUUCGUAUUUCCCUACCCGCCGCCGCCCAAGCCGGCGACCUCACUCUCGGAGCUUCCACUUUCAAAAUCUUCGCCGUCGUACUUCUACUCCCCAUCUCCCUGUAAUGGAAGAGAAGACAGUGGAGACGCCGCCAGCAGAACCUUACGGUGUCCUUCUCUACUACCGAUUCGCUUCAGUUCCCGAUCUCGACCACCUUCUAUCUUUUUACCGCCAAAAUUGCGACUCCCUCUCCCUCCUCGGCCGCGUCCGCCUCUCCGCCAACGGCGUCAACGUUACUGUUGGUGGGAAGUUGUCUUGUUUGGAGAAGCACAUAGACGCAGUCAAGUCAUUUGAUACUUGCUUUGAAGGAACUGACUUCAAGCUCGCUUCUUGCAACUACCCAUUCAACGACGACGUUGCUCGGGAGUGCGGCUUCACUUCCCUCUCCAUUCGCGUAGUUAAGGAGUUGGUCACAUUUAGUUCUUGUCCGCUAUUGACGCCACCGGAUAUUACUAAUGCUGGCAGGCAUCUCUCUGCCCUUGAGUUCCAUUCAGUUCUUCACACUUCUGGGAAAGAUGAUGUGUGCGAUGGUAGUAAGGACAUUGUUCUGCUAGAUGCAAGGAAUUUGUACGAGACAAGAAUUGGCAAGUUUGAAACUCCUGGUGUAGAAACUCUGGAUCCAAGAAUCAGGCAGUAUAGUGAUCUUCCCUCAUGGGUCGAUGAUCAUUCUGAGCAGUUGAGAGACAAGAAUGUUCUCAUGUAUUGCACUGGGGGAAUAAGAUGUGAGAUGGCAUCAGCAUAUAUUAAGUCAAAAGGUGCUGGAUUUGAGAAUGUGUUUCAGUUAUUCGGUGGUAUACAGCGGUAUUUGGAACAAUUCCCUGAUGGUGGCUAUUUCAAAGGGAAGAAUUUUGUUUUUGAUCACCGAAUAUCAGUUGCGAGCUCAGACCCCAAGAUUUUGGGUGCUUGCCUGUUGUGUAGCUUGUCUUUCGAUGAUUAUUCAUCACGUUGCAGAUGCUUCCACUGCAGAAUGCUUGUGUUGGUGUGUAGUAAAUGUCAGACAGAUGAGGCCAUCUAUGUUUGUGAGCUCUGCCAGAGGCAUGGCAGGAGUGUUGAGUCAAUUUCGUCAUCAGAUAUUGGCAAACCCAAAGAAUUGACAACAGAAAAUGAGUGUGUUUAUUGUUCCUCCGAUGCUGGUCAGGAUGUCGGCGCUCCAAGAAAGCUAAGAAUCUUAUGCUUGCAUGGGUUUCGGCAGAAUGCUUCCAGUUUUAAAGGAAGAACCGCCUCUUUAGCCAAGAAACUGAAAAAAAUUGCAGAGCUCGUCUUUGUUGAUGCACCUCAUGAGUUACCUUACAUCUACUGCCCUGUUCAAGAUCAUGCGAAAGAAUCUUCUUCCCCUUCAUUGCAACCACCACCUCCACCAGAUAACUGCAGGAGGAAGUUUGCCUGGUUUAUAGCACCAGAUGGGACGGGAAGCAGUGAAACCCAUUGGCAAGCGGCAGAUGCUCGGUUCGAUCCGCUUCAAUACCAACAGCAAACCGAAGGAUUUGAUGCUUCAGUGGAACACUUAAGGUCCAUCUUUGCACUUGACGGACCAUUCGACGGGAUCCUGGGAUUCUCACAAGGGGCAGCAAUGGCUGCAUCUAUUUGUUCGUUAGAACCAAAUCUGAAGGGUGAAAUCAAUUUCAGGUUUGCAAUUUUAUGCUCUGGGUUUGCCGUCACACCACUUGGCAAGAAGAUUGAAAAUGGGUCGAUUAAAAUCCCUUCGCUGCAUAUAUUUGGAAGUGUUGUGGGCAAGGAUAGGCAGAUUGACAAUGAAGCUAGCAGAGACCUUGCUUCCCUAUUUGAGGAUGGCUGCUCUGUUGUGCUUGAGCAUGGCUGCGGCCAUAUCAUUCCUACUCGCCAUCCUUACAUUGAUGAUAUCAAAUCUUUUCUGCAUCGAUUUAUUUGA